UUAAGUCCAUAUUUUAUUCCACACAGGAAAAAAGCUUGGGAUGGAUUAUCAUCAAAGAAUUAAAUAUAAAAUGAAAUUUUAGAAAACUAGCAGAAAACAGACCAUCAGAUGGGUGGAAGAAAGCUCAUUUUGUCAGUAUUCAAGCAAUGAAAUCACAAAGGGCUAGAAUGACAGAUUGAACAUUAAAGGAAAACAAAAAAGGACAACAGACUGGGAAAUAUUUGCAUCAUUGAUGACACGGGAAUAAUACUGAUAAUAUGAAAAAAAAUGCUUAUUCAAUGUUUGAAGAGCUUCAAAUCCCCAGCAGAUGAAUGCAUAUGAACAACCAUUCACAGAAAGGGGAAUACAGACAGUAAAUGAUGAAAAAACAUUCAUUUUUAAAGUCAUUUAAGAAAGGCUAAAGUAACCUUGAGCUACUGACAUACUAGUAAAGUAGAAGGGGGGAAAAAAGAGAUGCUUAGAGAUGUGUAUUACACUUACACUCAUUACUGGGAGGCAGCAGAGUGAGCCGGGUAAUGCUUUGGGAAGGUCCAACGGCACUGUGGAGCAAGACCCCUCUGCCUUCCACCUGGUAACUCAAAUGCCAGGAAUUUGUCCCGAGCGCAGAAUUAAAGGACAUAUUAGCAAACAGUGGUAAAGAACCCAAAUAUACCAUAUUAGGAGACUGAGUAAAUGCAUGAGGAUACCUGCACACCUUCAGAAUGAAUCAUGUGAAUCGAAGAAAAUGUUAAGUGAUAAUAGCAAACACAAGAGAAAAAUGUGUAAUUGGUUGCAACUAUGUAAAGACACGUAUAUAGGUGGAAGGUUUUAUGGGUUCCCUAGUAUUAUGGAUACUUAUUUGUACAUUUUCUUUCUCUGGUUGUCUUUUAAGGGUGGUUAAAAAAAAUUUCAAAUUCAGCCAGCAGCGUGACUUUGGGCAAAUUUGUCUGUAAAGUGGGGGAAUAUUUCUCAGCGCGGUGGUGAGGUCAGCGGAAAGUGGCCUGAGCCCGCGUUUAGCACCUCAGACCUCGUUCUUGCAGUGGGGCGCCUCCUUCCUUAAAGGCAGGAGUCGUCAGCGCCCAGUGCGAUACCUUCUCCCCGGGCCCAGGAGUCGGGGCACUCCUGGGUCUCGGCUGCAUGAGGACUCCCUUCCGGAGGGAACUUCCCGUAGCAGAAGGGGAGGAGGGGGGUGUCCCACGGGCAUCUGCGCUCGCAGGGGAAGGGGCGAGCUCGGAGAACCUAACCGCUUGUGGGCACCUCGGGUUGCGGGGAAUCCUUGCAGCCACCUUUGAACUUCUGUUCCGACUCCGGUGCCGGGAUUCGGCAGCCGUCUUAUGCCCCCUCGCUGGGGCCCCGAGCGGCAGGAAAACUCGGAUUUACAGGGCGCCUCCCGCGGAGGCCUGGAGACACCCAGUGCGCCUGGGGGCCCGAGGCUGACUUCGUAGACACCGGGCACUUGGGUGCCCUUCCAGGUCUCGAAGGACGCACCAGAUCCCCGACGUGGGCCAGGCGGGUGGACGCAGCCCUCUCCGGCGGCGACACGCGCCCAUCUGGGAUCUGCCGCCGUUCCGUCCGUUCCUCCGCUAAUGCCAUCUUGCCCGGGGCGGUCACGUGCGGACGACAGCGGCGCGCUUCGCCCCAGCCCGGGCGCCAGGACCGACCCGCGGACGCCACUGGGUUCCGUACGGCUCCGUGCACAACCCGAGAUGUGCUAAUGGUGUUGUGAUUAUAUAGGAGAAUGCCCAUAUUCCUGGGGGACAGCAGCUGAAGAGUUUAGAGCACUUUCAUUUGGACCCUUGGAUGCCCAUUGAGCAGAUGCUUGAGACCUGCAAGUAAUCUUCAGAUCAUAGCAGAACUGUAAGGCCUGCCCUUUGCGUGGGGAGGAGACAGCUCAUGGUCUGUGGAAAUGAACGGGGAGCAGCAGCUUGAUGCAGAUGCUGGAUCUGGUGUGGAAGAAGUGGAAUUAAGCUGGGAAGAUUAUCUAGAAGAGACAGGGUCCACUGCAGUUCCCUAUGGAUCUUUUAAACAUGUGGAUGCACGUUUGCAAAAUGGAUUUGCUCCCGGGAUGAAGCUGGAGGUGGCUGUGAAAGACCCUGAAUCCUACUGGGUCGCCACCAUCAUCACCACGUGUGAGCAGUUGCUGCUGCUUCGUUACGAGGGGUACGGCGACGACCGGAGGGCCGACUUCUGGUGUGACAUCCGGAGGGCCGGCCUCUACCCCAUCGGGUGGUGUGAGCAGAAUGACAAGACCCUCGAGGCCCCGGAAGGCAUCAGAGAUAAAGUGUCUGAUUGGGAUGAGUUUCUGCGGCAGACCCUGAUGGGAGCAUGUAGCCCUCCUGUUCCACUGCUAGAAGGCCUCCGCAACGGGAGGAAUCCUUUAGAUCUCAUUGCUCCAGGCUCCAGGCUAGAAUGUCAAGCUUUCCGGGACUCAUUAAGCACUUGGAUCGUUACUGUAGUAGAAAACAGGGGAAGGCUGAAGCUGCGUUAUGAAGGACUUGAAAGUUCUGACAAUUUUGAGCAUUGGUUGUAUUACUUGGAUCCGUUUCUUCAUCAUGUUGGUUGGGCUGCUCAACAAGGAUAUGAGCUUCAGCCCCCAUUAGCCAUCCGGCAUCUGAAAAGUGAAGCUGAGUGGCAAGAGAUCCUGGCCAAAGUGAAAGAGGAGGAGGAAGAGCCAUUGCCGUCAUACUUAUUUAAGGACAAACAAGUGAUUAGCACUCAUUCGUUCUCUGUAAAUAUGAAGUUGGAAGCUGUGGACCCCUGGUCUCCUUUUGGGAUCUCUCCUGCUACAGUUGUUAAGGUUUUUGAUGAGAAGUACUUCCUGGUGGAAAUGGAUGAUUUGAGGCCAGAGAAUCAUGCACGGCGAUCUUUUGUGUGCCAUGCUGACAGUCCUGGUAUUUUCCCCGUGCAGUGGAGUCUGAAGAAUGGUUUACACAUCAGCCCCCCUCCUGGCUACCCGGGCCAGGACUUUGAUUGGGCCGACUACCUCAAACAGUGUGGUGCUGAAGCUGCUCCCCAGAGGUGCUUUCCUCCGUCCAUUUCUGAGCAUGAAUUUAAGGAGAAUAUGAAGCUUGAGGCAGUGAACCCUCUUCUUCCCGAAGAAGUAUGUGCCACCAUUACUGCACUGAGAGGCUCCUACCUGUGGCUCCAGCUGGAGGGUUCUAAGAAGCCCAUACCAGAAUGUAUUGUGAGUGUGGAAUCCAUGGAUAUAUUUCCUUUGGGCUGGUGUGAAACCAAUGGCCAUCCCCUCAGCGCCCCUCGCCGAGCACGAGUACACAAACAGAGGAAAAUUGCAGUGGUUCAACCAGAAAAACAAAUACCAUCCUCCAGGACUGUCCAUGAGGGCCUGAAGAAUCAGGAGCUGAACUCCACAGACUCAGUUAUGAUUAAUGGAAAUAUUAGCUGUCCAAAGAUAUAUUUCAACCACCGUUGCUUCCAGGGCCAUAUCUUAAACAAAGGAAGAAUUGCUGAGCUGCCUCAAUGUGUAGGACCUGGGAACUGUGUUCUGGUCCUCAGAGAGGUAAGGUCCUCACUUUAACUUAUCAAUGCAGCCUAUAAACCCAGUCGUGUCCUUCGGGAGCUGCAACUGGACAAAGACUCCGUGUGGCAUGGAUGUGGGGAGGUCCUGAAAGCCAAAUACAAAGGAAAGAGUUACCGGGCUACUGUUGAGGUAGUGAAGACAGCAGAUCGCGUCACUGAGUUCUGCCGGCAAACCUGCAUCAAAUUGGAGUGCUGUCCUAAUCUCUUUGGCCCGAGGAUGGUUCUGGACAAGUGCUCAGAGAACUGCUCUGUGCUUACAAAGACCAAAUACACACACUAUUAUGGAAAGAAGAAAAAUAAAAGAAUCGGGAGGCCACCUGGUGGGCAUAGCAACUUAGCAUGUGCCCUGAAAAAAGCCAGUAAGAGGAGGAAGAGGCGGAAAAAUGUCUUUGUCCAUAAGAAGAAACGCUCCUCGGCAUCUGUUGAUAACACUCCAGCAGGCUCGCCCCAGGGAAGUGGGGGUGAAGAUGAGGAUGACCCAGAUGAAGGGGAUGAUGAGUCCCUGAGUGAGGGCAGUACAUCUGAGCAGCAGGACGAGCUACAGGAAGAGUCAGAGAUGUCAGAGAAAAAGUCGUGCUCUUCCUCUCCCACCCAAAGUGAGGUCUCUGCAUCGCUGCCUCCAGACAGACAACGGAGAAAAAGAGAGCUUCGCACUUUUUCGUUUUCUGAUGAUGAGAAUAAACCUCCUUCACCAAAGGAAAUCAGGAUUGAAGUCGAUGAGAGGCUCCACCUGGACAGUAACCCCCUCAAGUGGAGUGUGGCAGACGUUGUCCGGUUCAUCAGAUCCACCGACUGUGCUCCGUUAGCGAGGAUAUUUCUAGACCAGGAAAUUGAUGGGCAGGCCCUGUUGCUCCUUACCCUUCCCACUGUUCAAGAGUGCAUGGACUUAAAAUUGGGCCCUGCCAUCAAACUCUGCCACCACAUAGAAAGGAUCAAGUUUGCUUUCUAUGAGCAGUUUGCCAACUGAGAAGGACAACCAAAGUGAGUUGUGUCUUUGAAGCACAAAUGCAGCAAAUCCUUCUCACUGCUCUACAAGUGGAGCUGAAUCAGCCCUGGGGCUCUGGGCCCUGCAGGGGUCGGCUUGCUCUCUUUGCACUUUCAGGGAAGGAGGACCCACUGAGGAAGCAAAAACUGCACAGAAGUGGCUCUCCUGCCAGUGGAAAUGUGGACAUCUCUUGGUCAGCAGAUUGCAGUUUUAAAAAAAGAAGGGUUGUGAAGAAAAGACUCAUGUAAGAAGAAGCAGCAUUUCCAGUGGUGUGGCCUGAAAACAAAGAAUAAUGUAGGCUGCUGGAAAGCACCCUUAUGGUUGUUUUCUUUUUGUUCUGUUCCUUCCCAUUGUAGAUUGAACUCUGUUCUCUGCUUUCUCUUUCUUGGAAAGAGAGGACAUAGCUUUAAGUCAGCACUGAUUUGGGACUGUGCCUAAGGCACAUCAGUGCUUCAUUGUCAUUGUGUUUUUAAGCUUUUUUAAAUUAAAACAGUUCAUUUCGGGGAUGAUGAUGUGGCUCUAGGGUUUUGAAUGUACAGUCACACUUUGAUCCAUUUUAAAAUCUAUUCUUAGGAGUUCCUUUGUUUACUACCUCUGUUGAUGAUUGAGCUUACAGCCAUGUAUAAGGUUUUUUUGUAUGAUGCCAUUUUUAAGCUACAUGAACACUAAAACUAUGAUAGAAGCUGGAGAAAAAGCAAAACAAAACACUGUUUCCUUUCUUAAAAAUACCAUGUGAGCACUUAACACCAGUUUCUGGCCUGAUCUGAGAACCCUGCUGCAUGGUUUCCUGCCUGGACCCAGUGUGGGCUCCCUGUUAGUAGGUGGUCUCUCAAAGAUUGUGGGUAUUUCUGUUGAGUUGCUCUCUCCCCAUCAGUCCUCAGAGGGACUUCAGUGGGUCUUAUUUUAUGUUUACUUUCCUCUAUAGCUGUCUGUUUCAUUUCGAGAGUCCUCACUUUGGGUGAAAAUCAGUAGGUGUUCCUUGGACCCACAGGGAAACCCAUUUCCCUUUCUUUCUCGGCAUCUCCAGGCAGAGAGUGUAGAAGCACAACAGAGAAAACAUUUUGGGGGGUGAUGCAGAGCAUGGAGUUUCUGUAACAGUGUGUCCUCAUGUCCUCAGUGGCCGCAUAAAGAUUGAGUGGUGGUUAAGGAUUCUGGAAACCUCUUUGCCUAGUCACAGUUACAUGUCCUCUUAGUGAAACCUUUAAAUUGAAUGUAAUCUGCAGGCUGAGAAUUCUCACUCAACGGCUCAACAACUUGGUUUUCUUUUAGGUGUUACUUUUGGCCCAGUUCAAGUUGACAUGAAACUAUAGGCAAAUUUUCAUUUAGGAUUGCACUGCUAGCAACUAUAGAAUAACAGCAUUUGCUGUGCUGUUCCAGCCAGGAGGAAUGAGGAAAGAUGCACACAUAGAUUGCUUCCUUUAAAUGGUUUGCAUUGCUGAGUGUUUUGGGGUUGGUUUUUUUGUUUUUUUUAUCCUAGUUACCUCCAAAUUUAUAACUUAAUCACUCAUCUUCAAGAUUUGAAAAUGUUUUAAAACUACAAACUUGGUGAAUUCUAAACAGCUAUACAAAUAUAAGGUAAUAUUAUUACAAAUUUAAACUGUUGAUUUUUCCCUUUUCUUCAGAACCCUCUCCUGCUCCCAACAGUUUAUGGACCUUGGCAGACAUUCUGUAGUCUGCACCCUUUCUUCACUGGAUUAUUUAUGAACCACCUUAAUUCAAGCCCUCCAGCCAAACCAUAUAUUAAAGCAUCAAUUCUUUGCUUAGGUAACCACCAGAUAGACCUGGAAAGAAGCUUCAUUUAAGUAAAAGUUAAUAUGUUUCAACUCAGAGAUCCAGUUUUUAAAAAUGUAAUUCUAUGCCUAUGGAAGAGAAGUAUAUAUAAGAUGCUUGGGAACAAUUAGUGUUAAGUACAUGGUCUUGGGGCAGGGGGUGCAUAACUUACAUAAUUAAAGUUCCUGCGACCUCAGCAGUUAAGGCACUAAGGCAAAGGGAGUUCCUUGAAGAAGAUCAAUGUUUGUUUUAUUUAGGGAAAUGGAGAUUUACUUCCUAUGAAAGGGAAUUGACCAAGUGCCACAGUGAAUACAUUAAAUUGUCUCUCUCUCACCUUCUCCAAAACCAUACAUAGGUAAAGGGGGCAGAGCCCCUGGAAAGGUGAAACUCAUGGCCCUUAGUAGUCUUGGAUCUGGAUAUAGUCAGGGCUCGGCUGGCUCCUCUGUGUACCGUGAUUAUUCAAGCUCAACUUUCUCUUAGAAGCCAACUCUAAGUUGGGUUUCCCUUAAUAGUUCUUGCAUUCUCAUGGCGAGAUACAGUUUCUCAGGCAACUGCAUUAAAUAAUUAUAUACUGCCACCCCCCACUCCCAGGUAUUAAAUAAGAGAAGGUAAAUGUUUGGGAAUUUGGUACAGGGAAUUUUUUUUUUUUUUUAAGUUUACAGUUUAGACUAUAUCCCUCAUAAGGCUGCUGGGGCUUGGCUGGACAACAGUGACAGUCUAAUUCCUCUGAUUCUGAAACAGAUUUUAAAUCUGAUAAUAACUCACCAUGUUGGGGUAAAAUGUUUAUAUAUUACACAUGGAUACAUGAACUUUGUUUUUUAAAGGCUGUUACCCUCUUAAGAAAGAUACAUUGUGAGGGGCUGCAUUUGUCUGAAUUUCACCUUCAGCUGGCCCCACAGCCACCUGAGGUCAGAAAGUUUUCCAUGAUCCAUUUUUUGAUCCUGAAUUGACAAACUUGGAAACAGGUGAAUGGACUAUAUAAGCCUCCUGGACCUUGAAGUUGACUGACCACUCUUAGCCUAUGUUAGUAUGUUAGGGAAACCUUUUAUUGUACAUGAAGAUUUGCUGUGACAUUUUGACUGUAUUUUGUGGGCUUCUGGAAACUAUGCUAUUUUCGUUUGUAAACUGCCCUCAUCCUUCUCAGUUGGAGAGUUGAGGUAUCUAAUACAGGGGAUGCAUUACUGGGGCUUUACCUAUAUCUGCCUUUCUUUGGCGAAGUAGGUGACUCCCAGCAUGUAUGUUGUAGAUGCAUGAGGUCAGGGAAGGAUACUUAGCAACCCCGGAAGAGAUGGGCUUCUUGGUAAAUAUUUAUUGAAUUAUGAUAGAGGCAGACAUGGAAGACCAGCUCGGAGCUUGGCCUUUAUAUGCCUCUUCUCCUGGAAGUAAAAUUAUUCUCACUGUGAGAGAGAAGGCCUUGGACCAAAGCUUCCUGAGGACUUGAAUAUAUUUUACUCACUCUCUUUUAUUAAUUCUGUCACUAAUGUGGUACCUGAAUACAGAUUAAAACCUUAGGAGGCCUCAGCUAGGGCAGGACUCAGAACCAUUCCCCUCUGGCAAGCCAAAAAGCAUUUCUGGGGAACACACAGAACAUUAGGAAAUUGUUAACAGUAGGUAAGAAUUAUCUAGAUGGGAACUUUGGGAAAACUCACACACACUUAUAUUUACUUGACACCUAUCACCAAAGACUUAUACUGAAGACCCCGUUCACUGGUUUGAUUGAUGCCCACAGCAGCUCUGAGAGAGAUGUUAGGAGCUUAGUCUCAACAGCGGAAACACGUCCUGGGUUUGGGCACUGAUCCUGUAUACUAGGGAUGGGGUGUGUGUGUGAGAGUUCAGAAGUGUUCUGUGUUAUCAUUUGGCCUUAGGAAGAUGAAGGAGAAGACAUCACUAACAAGUGAAGUAUAAGUCUUGGUGGGAACCAGGGACCCCCUUUUAAAAUGUGAAUGUCUUUGGUCCUGGGUCCACUGUAAAUAACAUGUGUCACGGUCAUGACACUAUCUCAGAAACUCUGUAGAACAAAGUCCCCUGCGAAGCCAAAAAGAAGUCAGUCCCUUUCAUGCAGUUGUAACUCUUCCAUGACUUGAUUCACUUUACAACGUUCUAUUAGUGAAUUUUGAUGAUUCUCACCCCUUGUGUGAGAAUGUACAUACUUUGGAAAUUUGAAUCUGUCCAAGCAAGCCACCUAUGGACUUGGAGUUUUUGCAGAAGAGUUCUAGACUCAAAGCCCAAUCCACGGAUCUGGUUCUGAACCUUCUCACUUGGGGUUUCCUCAUACUUGCCCCAGACCACAGGGUAGCCUUGUUUCUGAGGGCAGCCUGCAGGGUGAAGGUAUAGAAGGUGGUGGGCAGUAAAUGCACUGGAGGUUUUCUUGCUUUUGGUGUUUCAGAACUCUUAGAUUUUUCACAAGAACCAGCAAAACCAGAAGAGGGGGAAUGGAGAAACAGGCCUAAAACUCCCUCCCCUUAGGUCUUUUCUGACUUACCACACCAUUUGGGUUUGUCCUGGUGCUAUGGCCUAUCACAGAGGACUUUUUUAAAAGAGAAACAACCUACAGCCUUGGUGGACAAGUCCUCAACACCAGCAGUCAAGUGUGGACCCUGAUCUAUUUUUGGGGACAAAGGAUGAUACUGCCUAGUGAGAUGAUGCCACCAUUGCUGAUGGGGGUGCCUGUUCUCAGGAUGUGUGGAAACUCAGUCCUGAGGGGUUUCUACGUGGUUUAGUUAACCUAACUGCAUGCCUAACUUGGCAGAAUGGAGGUGGACAAAUAGUGCUGGAAGGAUGAGGGUGGGCUUUGGGGGUAAAUCAAGUCACAAAGCAGAUGACUGAAGGGCCUGUACAAAGAUUAGACAAAGUUAAAACUGACAGUUCCUUAUGUCCUUUGGCAAGAAGGCUCUAGGGAAGUGUAGUUGAAAUGCUUCUUUUGAGAUUUUAAAGUGCUCAUUUCUUUUCCUCUUCCUUUCAUCCUUUUUUUGGUUGAAUAUUCUCUAAAGACAAUCAGAGGCCUGCUAGGGUGGGACUUCUGGCUGGUUCCAGCACUGUCCUUGGGCCUCUUUCUGAUACUAAAUUGUUGGAACCGAUGCACUUUGUUUAUGCUAUCCUUUUUUUUAAGCUGCUUGUUUGGAACAAAAUGAAAUGCAUAUUGCAUUGUAUCCUUCCUGCUUGCUGUUUUACUCAAUUUUAAAAGUUAUGCAUUGAGGAUAAAGUAUAAUUAAGGAGAAAUAUGCACAAGAAUACCUAUUAAAAUAACUCCCAUCAAGUUUGAUGGGUGUAACUUCAAGGGAUUAAAAAAUAACUAUUUUGGAUGAAUAUUUUGCGUGGGGUUUUUUUGUAAAUAAGAGUGUAUAAGAACUUGUGGUAUAUUAUGACAGUUUUAAGUGGUUGUAAGAGAAUUAAAACAGGUCUUAAGCUAUGUUUAACUUCAUUUGACAGCAAAGAAGACAUCUUGGCCUGAGUAAAUCCUUCAAAACUCUUUCCAGUGGGGCCUCAGAAUCAUCUCUGAAAGGAGGAGAAAGUUCCUUCCUUCUUCAAUAAAAUGUACCUUUCCAGAAUUCUCUCCCCUCUCCUGUUGUCCGAUCUUUACACUCUGGAUUUGGGUACUUUUAAGUUGCAGUUCAGGAAAGGUAGGAAGAGCAGAAUUUCCCCACAGCGACCUUGCUCCUGGCAUUGGGGAAUCUGCCCAUGAUCUCAGAAGAAUGCUUCUCGUUUGUCUACAUUUGCUUUGGUACAGCAGCAGCGGGCCUUAAGGAUCCCUCCACAUGGAUGUGCAGAGCAGUGCUUUGUCAAAAACUUCAUUCUUCAGCUCUAUGUGCAACUUUCCUUAAGCUGUCUAUAUCUUCAAGCAAUUAACAGUCUCCUUACGCCCAGCCCACAAUCUCUUCUGCUUUAAGUACACAUCCUCUCAUUUGUUUCCCUCCAAACAUGGACUGUAACUGUUGAGCAUCCCCAUAAGAGACCUUCUUAGAUUUAAAGACAGUAACACAAUAUUCCCUGACCUAUUUAUUUUCUUAACCUGAUUUUCUGUAUUUUCCCAUGGUCAAUACUUGUGGAGA